UAAAUAUUGUCCCUGGCGCGCAAACGCAGAAAAUACAACACAUUUGUCGUAGCCUUUGGCAAGAGAUUGGCAAAUAUUUGUUCUGAGGAGACUCCAAUAUUCACACCCAGAACUUUCAGCUUCUUGCGCCCAUUCUUUAUCAGAAUGUUUGUACUUCGGAAUGUUGGGAAGUUGAUCUUCGGCGAUACUUCGAAGGAAUCUAUAAUAGAGCUUCCCCAGGGCCAACUUUACCUCGUCCGCCCGCUGUCACCCAAGGGCUACUCCGAACUCAUCUUCAAGGACGCCGCCGCUCGCAUUCGCAAGACGGGGCAGGAGUUCCAAUACCAGCUCGUGAUCCAGCGCGCCUACGAGGAGGGCGAGGAGGAGCUGGGAGACGAGGACGCCGACGACGAGGAGGACAGCGCCUUAUCAGCUGAGCGCGACGAGAAGACCUUCCUCCUGGACGAGGGGCUGCACUUCCGCACCGAGAUCCGCGACGGCGAGGAGCACGUCCUAGCGUGGCGCGACCUUUCGGGCGAUACGGGGGACCUCUACGAGUUCGUCUGUGACCACUCCGUUGGUGCUGAUCUGGUUGAGCAAUUCGAGUUUAUCGCCCGCCAGUGCCAGUACGAGCGCAAGUGGAGGAGGAACCAUACUCAGGCAACCGAGGAAGACUUAGACAGCUUUUACUUUGAGGAGGAACAGGCCAUCCCGAGUGCUAGCCCUAUUCACGCCCACCAAGAGCUUAGCGUGGAUAAGAGCAUGCCUCCGCCCUCUGUGCCCAGAGCGAACGCCAAUGUGGCCGCAAAGCGUGAUCAGACGCCGGUGAAACAACGGAAAAUGUCUCCUCUGGCUCAGGCUCCUCAAACUCCAGUUCCUACUCAGGCACCACAAGCGUCGCAGCAGAGGGUUGCACUUGAGGUACUUGCUAAGGAGGGAGCUGAGCUUCAUCUUUUCGACUUCACUUCGGGCUCAUUUAUACUGCAAGAUGACGAAGUCACGGCAAUCGUUUCAGAGGUUGGCCAAUGGGAAUACUGGCUUGAGAUCACCGGUAAAGACAAGACCUGGUUGGGCCAGUCCGUCGUUGCCGAUAUCAACCCCGUUUUCAAUUUUGAGUAUUUGUCGUUCAUUUUCAAUCAUUUCACCGAGAAUGGAUCUGCAUACUCAUGGCUCCUCCGAUUUAAGAAUACCGAAACCAUCACCAGAUUCCAGGAGGGGUUGAUGCAGGCCCUCUGGGAGCAGCUGAACGAGUUGAAGUGGAACAGGCAAAAGGAGCAGGAUCAGGAGUACAUUACGAGUGCUUUCCAGGAUUUGGAGAUGACAGAUGCGCAGGAUGAGGCCGAAGAAGAAGAAGAAGAAGAAACACCUGUGGAGGAAGAGGAGGAGGAUGUCUCUGAUGGACAGCAGAGCGAGCAUUACGACAGUGAUGAGGAGAAUGACGACGUUGAAACCCAUGAGAAAGAUGGAAAUGUCAAUUCCCAGCUUGCCGUCGGUUAUAAACACGAUCGCUCGUUCGUCGUUCGCGGAUCGAAGAUUGGUGUUUUCAAACACACUCCUAAUAACCAUCUUGAAUUCUCGACGAACAUCUCGAAGGUCCAAACACCUAAGGGUAAACUUUUCAGUCCGAAGAAGGUUAUGUUGCACUCUGAGGAUACGAGCAUGAUUCUCCAAAAUGAAACCGACCCCAACUCUCUGUACCGCAUGGAUCUUGAGUACGGCAAAAUUGUAGACGAGUGGAAGGUGCAUGACGAUAUACCAGUCAACACUUUCGCUCCCGAAAACAAAUUUGCUCAGAUGACUGGCCAACAAACCUUCCUUGGACUGUCGAAGAACGCCCUGUACCGCAUCGAUCCCCGCCUGGCAGGCUCAAAACUUGUCGAUGACUCACUGAAGCAGUACGUGUCGAAGAACGACUUCUCUGCUGCGGCCACCACCGAGAAGGGAUACAUCGCUGUUGCGUCCAAUAAGGGUGAUAUCCGCAUGUUCGAUCGUCUUGGUAUCAACGCCAAGACCCACAUCCCCGCUCUCGGAGAGCCCAUCAUCGGACUCGACGUCUCCGCCGACGGCCGCUGGAUCCUCGCGACCUGUCGUACAUACCUCCUUCUCGUUGACGCGCUCCAGAAAGAGGGCAAGAACGAGGGCAAGCUUGGUUUCGAGAAGGCGUUCGGAAAGGACUCAAAGCCACAACCACGCCGUCUUGGUCUAACCCCCAACCACGUUGCGCAAUUCCAGCACGAGACUGGUGCGCCGCUGUCCUUCACACCUGCCAAGUUCAACACGGGUGAAGGCACCAGCGAGACAUCUAUCAUCAGCGCAACGGGACCAUUCAUCGUCACCUGGAACAUGAAGAAGGUACUUGCUGGACGCAAGGACCCGUACACUAUCAAGCGCUAUGCGGAGGAGGUCAAGGCCGACAACUUCCGCUAUGGAAGCGACAAGAACGUGAUUGUGGCGCUGCCGAACGAGGUUAACAUGGUCGCAAAGGGGCAGUUCAAGAAGCCGACUCGAGAGAGCAUUAUGAUGACGCCUGUGAGGGACUCGAUGAGAAGCAGCGGCAGGAUUCAGGUUCCUGGAAGCGGGAGAUACAAGCUCGGCCGGGACGACGUUGUUAAUUCGCCGUAUUAGUUUUGUGGGGUCGUCCCUGGUGAAUACGGACUGGCGUUGGUGACGCGUUUGGUUGGUUUGUGGGCGUUUAUUCGAAGCGUAGUCACUCGUUUUGCGAGGGUGGUGUGUGCGUCUGUUUUUUUUUCAUGAUAUCCAGCGGAGGAAAUAGAACUCGAGUGGGUGGUGACACGAAUGAAGGAAAGUACGGGAAGCACCUAUUUUGCGGCUUGAUGGAAGUUUUUGGGCUAUUUCGGGAGGGAUGAUAGCGGAUGGCUUGCAGAUUAGGUAGAUAUUUAUAGCUUAGGA